UUGACAAACGGGGCGCUUACGGAGGAUUUGAAAAUGUCGGCGGACUCGUCGAGAAAUUCCGCUGAUUCUAGUUAUAGCGAGCGGGAAGACGAAGCGAGACACAGCAGCAGCCACAAAAUCACGAAGCGAUUGAAGGCUCUCUUUUGCUGCGUCAAGCGUGAGUCGCACGAACGAGUAAUCGAAUGUGACCCCGACGAGUACGACUACAUCAUCGAGAAGCUCGUCGUGAAACGCGUGCCGCUGGCGUUGUUCGCAAUUCGUGCCGAUCUUCCGAAUCGGCACGGAUCCGACAUGAUGGCGAUACCAGAGCAAACCUCACGAUCGUCUUCGUCCAUCUUUGGCAAAGGAAGCAAUCUUGUCAUGAGUGCCGCUACACGAGGAACAAUCUCGAUGAAGACUAUGAUGGACAGCGGCGCCUUGAGUCAUCGAGCUAGAUCUUCAGCCUGGCGAGAUCAGAUCCUGGACAGAUUCAGCACCCUGCAUCCUGAGCUGAAGGAGUCCGAGAGGCCGAUCAAGGAUCCGCUGAAUUUCCCGCAAAGCAAACGAUCGUUUGUAGAUAACACGUCCGAAGUGGCGUCGAACAUAAAGACUGACGUCUCCUUCAAACGAAUGUCCUCGGUGAUGGUCCGCGAUGAGUCUGUAGUUCAUCGUAACAGGCCUGUUUCUGGAUUUAACAAUGGGAAGACGGAGGAAGGACGAGAAGCAUCCUGCGAGAGGGAUCGAGGUAACUGUUUCCCUGGACUAAACCGGAAGUACAUAGUAUCACCGUUUCAAGUACAAAGGGGCUCCUUCGACCUCGAGACGCCGAAGAACGUCGAUGAAGACACCGGACGAGUGGACUGCAGGUCGUUAACGUAUCUCGGGGAAUCCGUCGAAGACGGAACUUUGCAGUCAGCGGCGGCUUCGAAAGAACGCGACUUGCGGAACACGGCGGUCAAGUGGAGAAUCACUAUUAGACGACGGCGUGCGAACGUGGACUCCACGGCGGUUGCUUCCGAGGUGGAAUUUCUUAGAAAAGGAAAAUGAAGAUUUGAAGUAUACAUGGGAGAAAAAUCGCAUUU